GGCGGGCGCGGCGAGGAGGGCGCUGCCAUCGUCCUGCUGCACAACAAGGCGAGCCUGGCGAGCCUGGCCAUGGCCGCCAUCCGCAAGAAGCUGGUGGUGGUGGGGGACGGCGCCUGCGGCAAGACCUGCCUGCUCAUCGUCUUCAGCAAGGACGAGUUCCCCGAGGUGUACGUGCCCACCGUGUUCGAGAACUACGUGGCCGACAUCGAGGUGGACGGCAAGCAGGUGGAGCUGGCCCUCUGGGACACGGCCGGCCAGGAGGACUACGACCGCCUGCGCCCGCUCUCCUACCCCGACACCGACGUGAUCCUCAUGUGCUUCUCCGUGGACAGCCCGGACUCGCUGGAGAACAUCCCGGAGAAGUGGGUGCCCGAGGUGAAGCACUUCUGCCCCAACGUCCCCAUCAUCCUGGUGGCCAACAAGAAGGACCUGCGCAACGACGAGCACGUGCGCAACGAGCUGGCGCGCAUGAAGCAGGAGCCCGUGCGCACCGAGGACGGCCGCGCCAUGGCCAUUCGCAUCCAGGCCUACGACUACCUGGAGUGCUCGGCCAAGACCAAGGAGGGCGUGCGCGAGGUCUUCGAGACGGCCACGCGCGCCGCGCUCCAGAAGCGCUACGGCACCCAGAACGGCUGCAUCAACUGCUGCAAAGUGCUAUAGGGGCCGCCCCUGCAGCACGGGAGCCCCCGCGGCCCUGAGCAGCCCCCGGGACCCCGCCGGCCGCCCCAGCCCUGUGUAUAUAGCUCACCUUUUCUGUCUCGUGCAAGCCGGGGUGCUUUGUGCGUGGGGAGGGGUGCCCGGGGGCCUCGCCCGGAGGUGCCUGCUGAUCACGGGAGCYGCGGAUGGACCCGGCAUCAAGGCUGCGGAGCGAGAGGCCGCAUGGCUUCAUCCUCCUGCUGGACAUCCUCAUCCUCYUCCUCCCCACGGGCUGAGCCGGACACGCAAGGGGAGGGGGUGGCCUUGCCAUACACCAUGAUCUCGGUGCCUGCGCCUUCCUUUAAUGUCGUCUUCUGCCUAAAUGUUGACAGGGGUUUAUUUAAGAGUUUAUUUUCAAAAGAAAUUACUUUGCACAAGUUGGGUUUUAUUUUUUAUUUUUUUUUCCUAAAUUAAACACUCAAUGCACUUGUCAUCUGCAUACAACACUGUAGCAUCGCGAGCGCUCGGUAACCUCACCUGGCUCCGGGUUUCAAAUGGRUUCUUUUUGUUUUGACAUAAGAGGAAAUAAAACCACUGUAUCUUUCUUUACGUAGAGGGAGACUAAUGGGUGAAAGCACUGGUCCUCRUGCAUUGAGUACAUCAAACUUUGAUACUAAAGGGCAGUUUAAAGUAGUUAGGUUUAUUUAAAACUUAUUUUCACAGGGUGGCAAGCCUGCGUGAAAAUAAUCUUGUGUUUCUCUGGGUCAGAGAACAAUCGUAUCCAUUUGUGUUUGUUUACUUCCCUUCUUCCCCCGACAGUGGUACUGAGACUGUUUUCUGUUUUUAAUGGACUGACAUGGCAAAAGCAAUGA